AUGGCCAAAGUAGAGAAGAAGAAGAAGGUGUCCAACAUUGACACCUUGCAGGAACAGAGGAAGAACAAUAAAGAGAUGGAGUUUGAGCUGAAAGCUGGCUGCAGAGAAGGAGAAAAUGUGUUAGAGCCUGAGCAGGAGGAUCUGGAGGAGUCGGAGAAGGUGCAGCACUGGGUGGAACGUCUCUGUCAGACACAGCUGGAACAAAUUUCCUGUGUAGAGAACGAGUCCCCAAAGCACUAUGUAGAACCACCUCUCCUAGAACUCCCUUUCCUCUGUGUAUCAGUGAGGACCACCUGUGUGUCAGGGCUUGUCCUUCAGGUGUCCCCUCCUUGCUCUCCUGCCUCUGGGCCCAUGGUUAGUCAUUUCUACGGGGGUCUCCAGCUGGCCACCACUGACCUGGAUGAUUUCAACUUUGAUGAGGUGGACCAGAGUCUGAAAGGGCCCCUGAAGAGACUGGUCCCCACACAGCCUUCUUCCUCCCAGCCCCCACCAGCCCUACCUCUCCCUCCACUUUCCCCCAGACUCAACCCCGCCAUCCCCAACUUCUCUCCCCCCUCACCACAACCAUCCGCCCCCCCCAUUCGCAAGCCUCCUCCCUCGGCUUCUACAGCGGCCUCCAGAGGAAGUCAGCUCCGUCCUCCUCCUCCUUCCAAGUACCCUCCCUACUCCUCCCACUACCCCCUCCCUCACAGUCCUACAUGCCCCCCUCCUCCCCCCGGCCCACCCCUCCUCCUCCCCCACCCCUUCCACCCCUUCCGCCCCCCCCCCCCCCAGCACCCUGAGGAGAGGCUGGGGGGAGGGUCCCAUGGAUGGUACCACCACCAUCACCCCUCCAGUCAUCCAGAGACAAGGAGCAAGUGGAAACGGGGUGGGUACCUGCCAAGGGGAGGUUACUACUCGUCCAAUGUCAGUGAAAUUACCUACCCCUCGAACUUUAAGGUAGCCACCCUGGGGUGUCUAUGGUCUGGUCUGAAAACAGCUCCUAGCCCUUGCCUUCCCCCGAAACCUUUUAGCUGAGUUGAUGGGAGCAGACAACAAUUCACAAUGACUGAAUGGUGUGAAGAAGACAUCUCUUUCCUCUCCAUUGAAAUGAAAUGCUGUUUUUAUUCAGUUUGUCGUGUCUCUGUGUGAUUUGUAAGGUUGUUAUAGUAUUUGACAGCAGUGGGUGUAGAAAUCGCAUGGCGUGUUGUGGUGUGAUAUGCAGUAAGUAGUGGGUGUUGUUUGUGUGUGAAGACAUUAUAUUGUCAAUGUAGGCGAAAGAGGCUGUAAGUCAAGACUGAAUAGCUACUUUUGAAGUGCACAAUAUCUCCUGUCUUGAUGUGUUCCACGUGCGUGCGUGCGUGCGUGAGUGCGUGCGUGCGUGCGUGCGUGCGUGUGUAACAUUCAUAUUCCCAUAGUGUUUUGCAAUAGUAAUUCGGGGAUGAAUACACAGUACUCUUUCCCUG